AUGGUUGAACCAGCUGACAGACAAUCCACGGCCGGCCAGAGGCUGGGUGCUCCCGAAAGUUUUGGGGUGUCUACCCUGGAGCCCGGCCUGCGUCCGCCUAUACAGGCACCAGGAAGAAAAGUCUCUAUCAGGGUGCAGAUGUUAGAUGACACACAGGAAGUCUUCCAGAUAUCACAACGCUCCCCAGGCAAAGUGCUGUUUGACCUUAUUUGUGUCCAUCUCAACCUGGUGGAGGGAGACUAUUUUGGGCUGGAGUACCAGGACCACCGCAAGAUGACUGUGUGGCUGGACCUGCUGAAGCCAACGCUGAAGCAGAUCCGACGGCCAAAGAACACCAUUCUUCGCUUCGUAGUCAAGUUCUUCCCUCCUGACCACACACAGAUCAUGGAGGAGCUGACACAGUAUUUGUUUGCCCUGCAAGUCAAGCGUGACCUGGCCUGCGGUCAUCUCAUCUGCAACGACUCGAGCGCCGCCCUGAUGGUCUCCCACAUAAUCCAGUCGGAGAUAGGAGACUUUGAUGAGACUCAGAGCUGGCAGCAUCUCCUGCACAAUAAGUACCUGCCAGACCAAGAUGCCAUUCGGGACAAGAUCACUGACUGCCACCGAAAGCAUGUUGGUCAUACUCCUGCAGAGUCAGACUACCAGUUGCUGGAAAUCGCCCGACGACUUGAAAUGUAUGGCAUUCGUCUGCACCCGGCAAAGGACCGUGAGGGUACCAAACUCAGCUUGGCUGUUGCCCACACAGGGGUGCUAGUCUUCCAGGGGUACACAAAAAUAAAUGCCUUCAAUUGGUCCAAGGUUCGCAAACUCAGCUUCAAACGCAAGCGAUUUCUUAUCAAGCUGAGAGCCGACCCAGCCCAAAGUGGUCACCAUGACACACUGGAGUUCGCAAUGGCCAGCAGGGACUGCUGCAAGAUUUUCUGGAAGAUCUGUGUGGAGCAUCAUGCCUUCUUCCGACUCUUUGAGGAGCCUAAGCCCAAACCCAAGCCCAUCCUCUUCACCAGAGGAUCCUCAUUCCGCUUCAGCGGUCGGACCCAGAAGCAGAUAAUUGAUUAUGUGAAGGAUUCUGAACUUAAAAAGGUUCCGUUUGAAAGGAAGCACAGUAAGAUUCUGUCGAGUAGCAGCAUGCCACAUCGGUCCUCUUCCUUCAGAUCGCCAAAAGAGAGUGACACAGCUGUGCCGUUAGAAGAUCUCACAGUUUCAGCUGGACAAGUGGACUCUAACGGUAUGCAGGAACCGCCUGGGGCCGUGUGUACCACCAAUGGCACGCUUGACAUCCCUGCAGCUCCUUGCUCAGAUGCCAGACAAAACCACAAAGGCACGGUCUCCUCACCAGAUCAGCAUCUUCUCAAUCCAGGUCCAUCCUGCAGGGCAAACAAGGGCAGCAGUUCUUCCAUCCCUUAUAUAGACUGCAGUGACAUAGACAGUGAAUGUGAUGUCACAAAAAGCAGCACAGGGUGCGGCCAAGCAAAUGGCAGGAAUGAUGACAAGCCCAAUAAACUUCCAAAUUGUAACGAUUCUAACGGGGGCCCAAAUGGUAGUUUGUUCAGGCUUGUUAAUGGAUUCCACCACACUAAUCAUCCGGGUAUUAGGCAACAGCCAGACAUAAUGGGACAUCAGCAAGUUAUGCUGGGUAACAAAAAUGGCAACGACCAGUCGCAGUCCAGCAAAAUUAAUGUUAGCCACGAGAUCAACCAUGAUGACAGUUUGUCAAAUAAUAACAGCGGUUCUUAUCAUGGCCGCAUGCCUCUCCACAGCACUCUGCUGGACGAGAUCUUUCAGGGUCGCGAAAAACGUGCGGCUGCAUUGGGGCGCCCAUUUGGAAUGGGCACCCAGAGCCAAUGCUCAAGCCCGGUGAUGAGCAGUUUCCAUCAACGCACAAACUCGCUCGGUCAUGCCGAGCUAACAAAUGGUCACCCUCGAUGGGAUGACGCCGGGCAUUUUUUUAGUAAGCGUCCUGGGGGUAUGCCUGUUGAGGCGACCACUGUUCCUCCACCCAAUCACUAUGGCAGCUACUCACCCGUCAACAUAAUCUCCAACCGCACUCCAGCACAUUUGGCCAAACAGUGCCACAACAACAUGCGUAAUCGCUCCGAUACAGAUCCGUUUAUUCUCAGCCAGCUCACUUCCACACCCAUCUACCACACGAGCCCACAUCAUACCAGGCUUCACGCACAGACCCCUUGUUCAGCCCCCCUGGAGCGAAGAAUGAUCAUAACUAAUGGCAAUCACACUGGGAACCUACUGGUUCCGGGUCAGGCUCGUUCAAAUACAGUGCAGCGCCUGUUUGGCCGCCAUGGCAGGCCUGUGGCUCAGAACAAUCGUAACAAUCUAAACCAACCGGUUCAAAUGAUAGAUGGCUCCACCAGCAGCGGCAGCGACACUAGUGACACAGAGUCCGAUACUGGCAGUAGCUCAUUCGGACAACCUCUUACGUUUGGCAAUCCUGCCGCUGUCAGCUCCAUGAAUUCAGUCAAUUCCAACGGUGUAAACUCCUCUCCACUUCCCCACUGCAAAUUCUCCUUUGGGAAUCUCCAGCUGGAGGAUGGAAGUCCUACCUCUGAAGCUUUCCCACUGAAAAGUCACCACCCGAGUGGCAACGCUAACGGGAUUGUGAACGGAGAGGUGCCUGCAGGUGUUGGCUUUGUGCCACCUAGUCAGCUGUCACCUCUCACCAGCCCUCUACUUGGUGAUGCCGGACAUGUCCGCAAUGAUGAUGAAGAUGAGGGCAGGAGAAAGAAGUUUCCCACAGACAAGGCCUAUUUCAUCUCAAAGGAACUAUUAACCACUGAGCGGACCUACCUCAAAGAACUGCAGGUCAUCACUCAGUCGUUCAAGAGGAUUGCAGAGAAAGAUGAAGAAGCCUUUCCUGUUGCUGUUAGCAACCUGAUAUCAGCCAACUAUGAUCCAAUCCACAAGUUCCACCAAGGGUUCCUCACAGAGGUGGAGCAGAGACUCGCACAAUGGGAAGGUCGAUCCAAUGCACACAUUAAGGGAGACUACCAACGAAUUGGUGAUGUUCUUUUAAAGAACAUUCAAAGUCUGAGGCAGCUGACGACUCACUGGCAGAAACAUUCGGAGUGCCUGGUGGAGCUUGAACGAGCUUGUAGGUCGAGUCGAAAGGCGGAGGUUCUGUGUGGAGAGCUGGAGCAGCAAAAGGUGUGCUACCUCCCCUUCAACAUCUUCCUCUUGCGGCCACUCCACCGCCUGCUGCACUACAAACUCAUCCUGGAGAGGCUCUGCAAGCACUACCCACCCACUCAUGAUGACUUCAGGGACUGCAGAGCGGCCCUUGCGGACAUCACAGAGAUGGUGGUGCAGUUACAAGGUACCAUGAUGAAGAUGGAGAACUUUCAAAAGCUUCUUGAGCUCAAGAAAGAUCUGACUGGGAUCGACAAUCUGGCCAUCCCUGGCAGGGAGUUCAUCAGACUUGGAUGCCUCAGUAAGCUCUCGGGGAAGGGCCUACAGCAGAGAAUGUUCUUCCUGUUCAGUGAUUCCUUGGUGUACACUAGUCGGGGGAUGACUCAAUCCAACCAAUUCAAAGUCCACGGCCAGCUACCUCUCUUUGGCAUGACGAUCACAGAAAGUGAAGAGGAGUGGGGCGUCCCUCAUUCGUUCACAUUGUUUGGACAACGGCAGUCAGUGGUGGUGGCGGCCAGCUGUGCAGCCGAGAUGGAGCGGUGGGUGGAAGACAUCAAGAUGGCCAUUGACCUCGCCGAGCAGAGCAACGGUCCUCAUUUGGAUCUGCUUUCUGCCAGCCCUUCUGAUAGCAAGCUGCUUGAGGAAGGUGGAGCUGAGCAUGAGUCCGAGGAGGAGUUGUGUGGUUCGCGUUCGUCUCUGGAGCGGCAACCUCAGCGCGGUAACACCACAGUGCACGUCUGCUGGCAUCGCAACACCAGUGUGUCUAUGGUUGACUUCAGUAUUGCUGUGGAGAACCAGCUCUCAGGGAACCUGCUGAGAAAGUUCAAGAAUAGUAAUGGCUGGCAGAAACUCUGGGUGGUCUUCACCAACUUCAGCCUGUUUUUCUACAAGUCACACCAGGAUGACUACCCUCUGGCCAGCCUUCCUUUGCUCGGCUACUCCGUCACCAUCCCGUCUGAGUCGGAAAACAUCCACAAGGACUAUGUCUUCAAACUUCACUUCAAGUCCCACGUCUACUACUUCAGAUCAGAGAGCGAGUACACAUUUGAACGGUGGAUGGAGGUUAUCCGCAGUGCCACCUGCUCAGCCAGCCGCUCCCUGCCAAGCACCAGGAAAGACAAUUAUUGA